UAGCUUUUUAUGCAUAAUAUAAGUCAACAUGAUGAUUUUCCUUUUGAUUUUCAUGACGGCCAAGGUGAACGGACGUAGUGACGCCCACUUCAGUUGUUUAAAAUUGUGUUCAUAGUGGUAGUGGUGGUGAAGUUGUGACUUUCUUUAAUUGUUGACUACGUGUGUAGUAUAUCAAGAUGAAGCUCACUUUAAAUCUUUAAUGACAAUCUAAUUAACACUGACAUUAUGAGAAAGAUUACAAAUUCAAUAUUAAUUAAUAGGCAAUACUUUCACACUUGUGACAAAUAUAGCCAAUUCCGUCCAUUUUGUUAAACGAUGUCAGUUGACGAUAUGACUGUACUAACGAAAGAAGUUGAGUUGGCGAUGGAUUUACCCCACCGACGGACGUUGAUUAUAAAGAAAAAAUAAACAAAAAUUAGAAAAAAGAAAGCGCUACACCCUUCCCUUUUUCCCUUCCCCGCCGCUACUCCUCGUCCAGCAACAACAUCGACGAAGAUAGCUCCAUCCGGCGCUAAAGGCGGUGAUGGAGAAGAACGGUGGAGGGGAUGACUCUUCCUCCGCCAACGCCAAGAGGAGGCAACAGAUCUGGAUCCAGAUUUCCCCUCAUUUCAUCGGUCGAUCGAUGGGUAGCGACGAAAAGGCCCACCGCCACAGCAGAUACCAAGGUGCUUGUAGAGACAAGAGACCCACUACCGCCGGACCCAUUUCGAAGUCGCCGCCUCCAGUCGUGGUUGCCGAGAUAGUGCAACCUGGAUCUCAUCGUCGCCGCUUCUCCAGAUCUUCAUCGCACCCGCCAGCUCCUGCCCUUGCCUCUCAUCAACAUCAAUUCUGAAAUCGCGCCUCUCGUCAACAUCAAUUCGAAAAUGGCAGAACAAUUUCCCACCCUUGCUUACGGUUUCUCCACCACCAUCGGGAUCCCCUGCCCUUGUCGCCGUCGUCUCUCCCAAUCUCCGAUGUUUCUCUAGAUUGGCCGGUGGUUAUAAAUCUCCAGAUCUCAAUCGCCACCCACCAGUAACGUCGUCCCAACUGAUUCUUCAUGCCAUCGUCCAAGUCACCGAGAUCCAUCUCCCGCCCUCCCCUGCCUUCAUUGAGUAGAUUGUGGCCGCUGCUGUCACUUGAUAAGAUUCGUGGUGGGUCGUGGGAGGAAGGUAAGGGGAAGGUGUUUUUAUGAUUAAAUAUUUUUAAGUAAAUAUCUUUAUGUAAUCUACGUGUCAUUUGAUGCUGAUUUGUCGAUGACGUGUGCGCUGAUUUAGUGUCAUAGUCAGCAUAACGCUAAUAGAACUUACGGUGUUGC